AUGCAAUCAAUGCAAAGAGCGCCACACCAAUUUAAAAAAGCCAAGAGUUGUAGAGCUCAAUGCUUUAAGAACCGUCAUAGAAGACAUAAUGAUAUCCAGACUUCACAGACCACACCUGUUCCUGGACAAGUCAAUGUUGUUUUGAACACUGUCUCAAACGACACUAUCAACAGAGAACAUGCUGAUGCAAUCGAAGAUCAGAUCAUGGAUACACUCAACAGUGAAGAUAACGAUGAUCCAAUUAUGAAUAUCUUCAUUACCUUGUUAAAGUAUGAUGCAGAACUUAGCAACGACAUGGAUAUCAUUGAAAACGAAACAUCUCCUUUGGUUCUUGACUUCAGUCAGCCUGCACAUAACCCUGACAAAGACGAUGCAAAGAAUCUUGAGUUUCUCAAGAUCAUUAACGAUUUUGGUAUCUCCUGCAAUGCCCAUGAAAUGAUAGUCAAGCAUUUCAACAGCAUUUUGGAAACGUCAACUUGCAUUACAUACAGAGCAUGUACUCCUCAUCUUGGCAAAAAGCUUUUGAAGAGUUUCUCUGGUGUUGAAGAGACAGUUCAUGAUAUCUGUCAGAGGAACUUUGCCCAGCACCAAUAUCCGUAUGCUGGAAAGUUUCCAGAAUUUUUCCCAGGCCAGUGCAUCCAGCUGCAAAGGGUUAAACGGACAAUCCCCCUGGCAACAUUGAAGGUAUUCUCUGGACCAUUGUUUUUUGCCCUCGAUGAAAUGCAUGGACUUUGCCAUGGAAUAAGCAAGCAGGUCUGGGGUUUGGUUUCUGGUACCUAUGGAACAGGCUAUUGUUUUGCUCUUUCUUCUGGUGUUUGGAAGGAGAUCGGUACAGCAAUGGAUGUAUACAAGAACCCCGGGUCGUUCAAGGCCACCAAUUGGGCAGACUUUCUUCUGUUCGUCAUCCCUAUGCUGGUGGCAGAGCAUAUUGGAGAUGCAACUGCCUGGAACGCAUUACUUGGCUUGGUCCAAGCAUGUAACUUACUCAUGAGCUGGGAGUUAUCAGCAGAGGAACAAACCUCUAUCAAAAGUAAACUUGAAAUAUGGAACAUGUACCUGGAAUUGCUGCUUACAAGUGGAAAAAUCAAAAUCAAUAUUUUCACUAUAAACCAGCAUCUUCUUCAGCACUAUCCUCUCAUAAUUGACGCAUACAGCCCACCUCAUGCAUAUAGCACCAGAUCCGUGAAACGGGCAAUCAGUGAAUACUCAAGGGCUAUCAAGAGUAAUUCUGCUAUAAAUGUUAACACUGGAAAUAUCAUGCUUGGCUUAGCACAAAUACGACAAGCAGAGGCCAGAGCCACUCUGUUGACAGAUGAGGGUGAGCAUGUUGGUGCUGGGUCUGAUAUUGAGUUCUGGGGGCCUUUGAGGAAUAGAACGAUCCAAGAUAGUUUUGAAGACAUUUCUUGUCUUUUGAAACUUCUUGAAGACUUCUACGAAUCAAAGGGAGAAGAGUGUAGUAUGAUUGAAGCAGCUAUACAAACUAGCCACAAGGCAUUUGUCAAUGGUUGUGUGAUUGACUCUGCACUCGACCAAAAUUGUGUAAGGGAGGCACAUAACAUCAGAUUACAGAUUCAGGUUGAUGAAAACCGCAACAUAAAUUCUGCAUACUCCCCAGUUUACAAGGAUUUCUUUGGAAAAGUUGUUGUCUUCUUUGAGCACAGGCUCAACAACAAGAGUCAUCAAAUGCAAUCUACAUUUACUAAAAAUGUAAAGUCUGUAGUUAAAGCUUACUUUUGUCUAUCAGGAGAUUUAAUUGUAGGUGGCCGAAAACAUAGUCACAAAAGCAAAAAACCGCCAUUUUUUCCCAUAGUUAAUAUUUUCUACAAGUAUAUUCCUCAUCUCCAACAUCUAAAACAUAGACAAAAGACCAAUUGGCAAAGUCAGAUCUUUUAUUCUGAAAAGUCAACCAUUACUGGUUGCUUGUAA